CGGGUGUCGCACGCAGCUCCAGGCGGGGCGGCCCCUGUGGCUGAGGGACGCAGCCAGACCUUGGCGGGACGGGGAUUUAAUCGGGCCCGGGGCCCAGCGAGGAGGUGAAGACGUUGCUGGAGCCUGUUAAGCACUGGAAGAAAUGAGGUACUCCUUCCAUUGUGUCUGAGUGACCAGGCCCCAUUCUGAGCACACACUAACGUCACUGGCAUGGUGGUUCAGGCUGGUCUUUUGGAGCCCAUGAUCUGACUACGGGAUUGUUUGUGGAACUGUUCACAGAGAUAACUAAUCACCAUGUAAAGUUUGCCUGCAAUGAGAUCUCAUUCUCUACAUUUGAAGGACAUCCUUUCUGAGCUGCUGUGAAUAAAUUUGGAAUGAUAUUGUAUAUUUUCAUCUAAUGGAGAAUUAGCUAUAUCUUGAAUAAGGAUUGCUGCACUGGACGAUUUCAGAAUAUUACUCGCAAUGUCAUCAAACAGGAGUCAGAAUCCACAUGGACUGAAGCAGAUUGGCCUUGACCAGAUCUGGGAUGAUCUCAGAGCUGGAAUCCAGCAAGUUUACACCAGACAAAGUAUGGCAAAAUCCAGAUAUAUGGAACUCUACACUCAUGUUUAUAACUACUGUACAAGUGUACACCAGUCAAACCAAGCACGAGGAGCUGGAGUCCCUCCUUCUAAAUCUAAAAAGGGUCAGACACCUGGAGGAGCUCAGUUUGUUGGCUUGGAAUUAUACAAACGACUUAAAGAAUUUUUGAAGAAUUACUUGACAAAUCUUCUUAAGGAUGGAGAGGAUUUGAUGGAUGAGAGCGUACUGAAAUUCUACACUCAACAAUGGGAAGAUUAUCGAUUUUCAAGCAAAGUGUUGAAUGGAAUUUGUGCCUACCUCAAUCGACAUUGGGUUCGCCGUGAAUGUGAUGAAGGACGAAAAGGAAUAUAUGAAAUAUAUUCACUUGCAUUGGUGACUUGGAGAGAUUGUCUCUUCAGGCCAUUGAAUAAACAGGUAACAAAUGCUGUUUUAAAACUGAUUGAAAAGGAAAGAAAUGGUGAAACCAUCAACACAAGACUGAUUAGUGGAGUUGUACAGUCUUACGUGGAAUUGGGGCUGAAUGAAGAUGAUGCAUUUGCAAAGGGCCCUACGUUAACAGUGUAUAAAGAAUCCUUUGAAUCUCAGUUUUUGGCUGACACAGAGAGAUUUUACACAAGAGAGAGUACUGAAUUCUUGCAGCAGAACCCAGUUACUGAAUAUAUGAAAAAGGCAGAAGCUCGUCUUCUUGAGGAACAGCGAAGAGUUCAGGUUUAUCUUCAUGAAAGCACACAAGAUGAAUUAGCAAGGAAAUGUGAGCAAGUACUCAUUGAAAAACACUUGGAAAUUUUCCACACAGAAUUUCAGAAUUUAUUGGAUGCUGAUAAAAAUGAAGAUUUGGGUCGAAUGUAUAAUCUUGUAUCUAGAAUCCAGGAUGGCUUAGGAGAAUUGAAAAAACUUCUGGAGACACACAUUCAUAAUCAGGGUCUUGCAGCAAUUGAAAAGUGUGGAGAAGCCGCAUUAAAUGACCCCAAAAUGUAUGUACAGACAGUGUUGGAUGUUCAUAAAAAAUAUAACGCCCUGGUCAUGUCAGCAUUCAACAACGACGCUGGCUUUGUGGCUGCCCUUGAUAAAGCUUGUGGUCGCUUCAUAAACAACAAUGCAGUUACCAAAAUGGCUCAGUCAUCCAGUAAAUCCCCUGAAUUGCUGGCUCGAUACUGUGAUUCCUUGCUGAAGAAAAGUUCCAAGAACCCAGAAGAGGCAGAACUAGAAGAUACACUUAAUCAAGUGAUGGUUGUCUUCAAGUACAUAGAGGAUAAAGAUGUAUUUCAAAAGUUCUAUGCAAAAAUGUUGGCCAAAAGACUCGUACACCAGAAUAGUGCAAGUGAUGAUGCCGAAGCAAGCAUGAUCUCUAAAUUAAAGCAAGCUUGUGGUUUUGAGUAUACCUCUAAACUUCAACGAAUGUUUCAGGACAUCGGUGUAAGCAAAGACUUGAAUGAGCAGUUCAAAAAGCACCUGACAAAUUCAGAACCACUAGACUUGGAUUUCAGUAUUCAGGUUCUGAGUUCCGGAUCAUGGCCCUUUCAGCAGUCGUGUACAUUUGCCUUGCCGUCAGAGUUGGAACGUAGUUAUCAGCGAUUUACAGCGUUUUAUGCUAGCCGUCACAGUGGCAGAAAAUUGACAUGGUUAUAUCAACUGUCUAAAGGAGAAUUGGUAACUAACUGCUUCAAAAACAGAUAUACCUUGCAGGCAUCUACAUUCCAGAUGGCGAUCUUGCUUCAGUACAACACAGAAGAUGCCUACACGGUGCAGCAGUUGACCGAUAGCACGCAAAUUAAAAUGGAUAUUUUGGCGCAAGUCCUACAGAUUUUAUUGAAGUCAAAGUUAUUGGUCUUAGAAGAUGAAAAUGCAAAUGUUGAUGAGGUGGAAUUGAAGCCAGAUACCUUAAUAAAAUUAUUUCUUGGUUAUAAAAAUAAGAAAUUAAGGGUCAACAUUAAUGUGCCAAUGAAAACUGAACAAAAGCAGGAACAAGAAACCACACACAAAAAUAUUGAGGAAGACCGCAAACUCCUGAUUCAGGCGGCUAUCGUGAGAAUUAUGAAAAUGAGAAAGGUUCUAAAACACCAGCAGUUACUUGGAGAAGUGCUAACUCAGCUCUCCUCAAGAUUCAAACCUCGGGUUCCAGUAAUUAAGAAAUGCAUUGACAUUCUGAUUGAGAAAGAAUAUUUGGAGCGAGUCGAUGGUGAAAAGGACACCUACAGUUACCUGGCUUAACCCUUCUAGAAGGGGCUGACUGUGCAACCCACAGCAAAUAGUCCAUGGUGGAAAGAAUGAAAACAAUUCAAGUUCAUAGCAGCCAGCAUGCUGCCAUCUGGACCUCCCUUUUUAAAACUGAGACCAAGACUCCCAUCAGCUAGUCUCAGAUUUACAUCGGAACUGCUCAGGAUUGAUACAUUUCAAGUCUGUAAAUAUGGACACCGACGCCAUUUAACCUAAUUUAAGAACAGAGGGGAAUUGAACCUUCCAUGCUGAGGGCUGCAUGCUACUGCAUUUAAAUCAAUACAUUGGCUACCCGAUUAACCGCUGUCAUCUUAGGCAGCACUUAGAAUGUUGGCAGCACUUUGAGAGCAAGUCUGAAUGGACCCACGUGUAAUCUGCUAUGAAAAACCAUUUGUAUAGUGUGUUUCAUUUUUUAAUGUGUGGAAAUAAAGAAAAUUAAAGGAUUUCUGUACAAGUCGCA